AUGCCAUCUGAGAUUAAUGUUAGAGAUACAGCUUCUGAGAAAGACAAUGAAGGUGAUGAGUCUGAAGAGCAGUCUGUUACAUUAUUAACAGUUGACACAAGUGAAGGAUCAACAACUACGGUAAAACAUGUGGAAACCAAUACCAUAAGAAGUAAUAAUAAAAAAGUAUUUAUGUCUAGUGUUAAAAAUAAUUUUAUAGAACAAGAUGAAAAUGCUUCUUUACCAUUAGAUGUAAAUUGUACAUCAAAUGAAAAUGGUUUGCAACAAUCAGAACCAUCUUCUUACGAAAGAGAAGUAAUUGAUAAAGUCAAUGAUAUUGAAACUUUAAACUCUCAUGAAGAACCAAAUGUAUGUUCUGAAUCAAAAUGUAAUAAAGAAAGUGGAGUCUUGAAGACUGCUACUAUAGCAACAUCAGUAGGUGAAGAUGAUAAUACUAGUAAUGUUUCAAAUAAAUUAAAUGAUGAAAUUGCACAAAACUCGAAUCAAAGGCUUUCAUCACUGUCUCAUAAAAACUUAACCAGGAAACAGUGUUUCUUGGCAAAUGUAGAUAACAGCCCUGUGAAGGUAAACAGUUUUACAGAACAGCUACCAUUAUCUUCCAGAAACAUGAUUAGAAAAAAACAAUUUUUUAGUAAAGAUUUACAAUCAAGUAGUACAGAAUCUCAAUAUGAACAAAAUACUGGAGACAGGCAUAAUAAUAAUGAUGAAAAUAUAUUUGGCACUAACAGAGACUCUACAAAGAAUACUUGCAGUUUACCUUUAGAGGGUAUAGCUUCUUGUAGUUCUGAUGAGCAAUCACAAUUUCAGAGCACUUCAAUAAGUGAAGCACACAGCAAUGAUAUUGCUAAUGCACAUAAAUCACUAAAUUUAAUGGAAAACAAUAAUAAGAAUACUACUGAAAAUUUCAGUAAAUUAAAUGAAGCUGGUAGUUCGCAUAUGUCUAGAAGUGUGCCAAAAUCACAAAAUACUUUGGCAGACUUAGUACAUUGUAAUGAUAUUACAAAAAAACCAUUUAAACUGCCAAUUUUAGAAAAUUUACCUGAAACUGCCAGUGCUCAACAAACUGAAUUGGAAGAAAAUGCUGUAGCACUUUUGGAACCAUCAUCCACUAAGAAAAAUCAUUUAGAUGAAGCCCAAGGCAUAGAAAUAGAACCCCGUUCUUCAAACAGUAGUGAUGCAAGUAAUUCUGAUACAGAAUCACAGCAAGCAGUUCUAGGUCAUAAUGGGACCAAAAAGAGGCCAUGUGAUACAAAUGGUAUUGUAACAAAAGAAAGCGUGGAAUAUUAUCACUUGUGGCGAAGUACAGAAGGCUUUUCAUUUCCUGAAGGUUUAUAUGAGACGUUAUAUCCAAAUCCUCCACCACUUCCACCACGGGUAACGCACAAACUUUUACAUAGAAGUAAUGCUUUACCAACUGGCCCACCAGAAUUACCUAAAAGACAUCCUCAAAAAUAUUCUGCACCCUUGCACCCUGAAGAUUGUUUUGGAUUUGAAAUUGUAGAUGUUGAUGAAGCUUCUAAUUCAAAGUCUCGGAGGGCUGUUACAAAAAGUAUAGCAUUGUUAAGUUCACCAAGAGCACCUAGACCAUUGGAAAGACCAGCAUCCGGAUUAGCAAAUCAAUUGGAAUGUCCACCAACACCUACACAUCGUCCAAAACCAUUGCGUCCAUUACCGAUGUGCCAAACAUCAAAUGUACCAUUAUCUUCUGAAGAACCUUUACCUUUAUCAUGGGAGGCAAGAAUUGACAGUCAUGGUCGAGUAUUCUACAUAGAUCAUAUUAAUCGAACUACUACUUGGCAGAGGCCCAGUUUAACAACACGGAACACGGGCUGCGAUCUUCGUAGGCAGCAAUUAGAUAGACGUUAUCAGAGCGUUCGUCGAACUAUUUCUCGGCCUGAUAAUAUUGAUCGAGAACCGACUAGUUUGCAGCAUGUAAAUGGAAAUAACUUUGAAAAUGUCGAACGACCGAAUGAACGAACCGAAAGAAAUGAAUCUGAACCAUUCGACAUUAAUACGAGUCCUCCAGUAUUAUUUUUAACAAGACCAGAUUUCUUCACAGUAUUACAUAGUCAUGCAGAAGCAGUGGAAUUGUAUAAUCGUAAUCCCAGUUUAAAGCAUAUGAUUAGCAAAAUCAGAAGAGAUACAGCAAUUUUUCCGAGAUAUGAGCAUAAUAGAGAUUUAGUUGCGCUAAUAAAUUUCUUUGCUGAUUCAAGCAAGGAACUUCCAAGAGGUUACGAAUCGAAACUUGAUAGAACAGGAAAAAGAUUUUUCAUUUGUCACGCUAGAAAAGCAACAUCUUUCAUUGAUCCAAGAUUACCUACUGAACCAGCACACACACGAACAUUAUUAGACGAAGCACCUGUACCGCCACCCAGACCACAACAGUCAGCUAUUACAACUACACCUGAUAUACCCGUAGCUUAUAACGACAAAGUUGUUGCAUUUUUACGUCAACCAAAUAUAAUGGAUAUCUUAAAAGAAAGACAUUCGGCAUUAGGACAAAAUAUUGCGCUUCGAGAGAAAGUAAAUACAAUACGUAUUGAAGGCACAAUUGCUUUACAACGAUUGGGACAUGAUGUACCUCUAGCAUUAUUAUUAAGCUUAUUUGAACAAGAAAUUAUGUCAUAUGUACCUGGAAACGUGGGCAGAUCUCCACUAGGUAGUCCUCAUGCUUCGCCUGGCUUAACGAGAGCUUCUGCUAGAGCUCCAGCUCCGUACAGGAGAGAUUUUGAAGCUAAACUUAGAACGUUUUACAGGAAGCUAGAAAGUAAAGGAUAUGGACAAGGUCCAGGAAAGUUAAAAUUACAUAUUAGAAGAGAGCACUUUUUGGAAGACGCUUUUACUCGCAUUAUGGCUGCUUCAAAGAAAGACUUGCAAAAGAAUAAGUUAGUAAUUAUGUUUGACGAGGAAGAAGGUGUAGACUAUGGUGGACCAUCUCGUGAAUUUUUCUUUCAUCUGUCGCGUGAGCUUUUUAAUCCUUAUUAUGGGUUGUUCGAGUAUUCUGCUAACGACACUUAUACCGUACAAGUAUCGCCAAUGUCAGCUUUCGUAGAUAAUUACCACGAUUGGUUCAGGUUUUCGGGCAGAGUCUUGGGUUUAGCUUUAGUCCACCAAUACCUGCUUGACGCCUUUUUCACAAGACCAUUUUAUAAAGCUCUCUUAAGAAUACCAGCAAGUCUCAGCGAUUUAGAGAGUUUAGAUCAGGAAUUCCACCAAAGUUUAAUGUGGAUCAAAGAAAGAGAUAUAAGUAUCGAACCGCUAGAAUUGACUUUUUCAGUCACGGAAGAACUCUUGGGACGAGUAGCUGAACGUGAAUUAAAACCAGGAGGUAGAAAUAUUGCAGUUACCGAAAAAAAUAAAAAAGAAUAUCUUGAAAGAGUUGUACGUUGGAGACUUGAACGCGGUAUUGCCGAACAAACGGAAUCUUUGGUUCGUGGAUUUUAUGAAGUUGUGGAUCCACGAUUAGUAUCGGUCUUUGAUGCACGAGAAUUGGAAUUAGUAAUAGCUGGAGCAGCUGAAAUUGAUCUUAACGAUUGGAGAACGCAUACAGAAUACAGAAGUGGUUAUCACGAUGCUCAUCCAGUGGUAGAAUGGUUUUGGAGCAGUAUAAGUCGAUUUACUAACGAACAACGAUUAAGGUUACUACAAUUUGUUACUGGUACAUCAAGCAUUCCAUAUGAAGGAUUUGCGGCUUUACGUGGAUCAACAGGACCACGAAAAUUUUGCAUUGAAAAAUGGGGAAGGCCAAAUAGUUUACCCAGAGCUCAUACAUGCUUUAAUCGCUUGGACCUUCCACCAUAUCCUACGCCCGAAAUUUUAUAUGAAAAGCUUUUAUUGGCUGUAGAAGAAACAAAUACUUUUGGAAUAGAAUAA